UAUACUAAUGACAACAAAUGUGCGCAGUACCAAAUCUGUAGACGUAGCAACCGGUCGUGCAAUGAGUUUCUCCGACAAAGUAGUGAUCGUGACCGGCGCUAGCUCGGGCAUCGGAGCUGCUACUGCUGUGCUCUUCAGCCACAGUGGAGCCAGGGUAGUGCUGGUGGGCAGGAACCAAGAUAAACUGAAAAAUGUUGUUGAAAAAUGCAACAAAGGAGGCACCGCUUCCCUAGCGGUGGUCGCAGACAUCAGUAAAGACAGCGAUGUUGAGAAGAUAUUUAAACAAACCAUCGACACAUUUGGCAAACUGGACAUCCUUGUUAACAACGCAGGGAUAGUUGUCCACGGAAGCAUACUCAAUGGCAAUCUACUGCAAGCGUAUGACCAAACCAUGCAAACGAACAUGCGAGCCGUUAUCAAACUGACAACCCUCGCUGCACCUUACCUGAUCGAAUCUAAAGGCUGCAUAGUUAACGUUUCAAGUAUUGAGGGAAAGAAAUCGUCCAUGAUAAAUCACAUGGCUUAUAUGGUUAGCAAAGCUGCGUUGGAUCAUUUCACAAGAGGAGCAGCUUUGGAAUUGGCUCCAAAAGGAGUCAGAGUAAACUCAGUUAGUCCUGGACCUGUAAGGACGGACAUUUUAGAAAACUCUGACAUCGGUGCUGGCAACAUAACAUGGGACGACAUCGCGAAGGUAAUGAUAUUGGAGAGAGUUUCUGAACCGGAGGAGACCGCUGAGCUCAUUCUAUAUUUAGCCAGCGAGAAGGCCAAAGGUAUCACUGGGUCAGACUUCGUUUGCGACAAUGGUGCUCUCUUGGGUACCAAAACAUCAAACUUAAGUAAAUCUUUGUAACACAAUUUUUAAUCCUAAUGAUGUGUUGAUGUAUUUUAUUUUAUUGAUUUUCACGCGACUUAAAAAGCAUCUUUUACCAGUUCUAUAUUUUUUCAGCGUAAAGUGAAUGUUUUAUCUUUCUAAAAAACUUGUUCAAAGUUUAAGUAAUUAAAUAAAAUAAAAUUUCCUUUUUUGUC